AUGGUUUCCCGUUACUGCUCUUCCUUCUCCCCAUCCCUCCUCCUCCUCAUACUCUCCACCCUCUUCUUCUUCUUCUUCGUGAUCAUCUCCGUUUCAGCACAAGAAGACAACGACCCGGACCAGAGGUACCAGGACUGCGCCCGCCAGUUCGACUGCGGCGACAUCCAAGCCACCUAUCCUUUCUGGGGCGGCGACCGCCCCAUCCACUGCGGCCUCCCGGAGCUCAGCCUCACCUGCAAUUCCACCACGCAAACCACGUUCAUCACCGUCCUCGACCUCACUUAUCAGGUCCUCCGGGUCGACACCGCCAACCGGAUCCUAACCGUGGUCCGAACCGACUACCAGCGCGGUCUCUGCCCCGCGGAUCCCUCCAACACCACCGUCGAAUCCACCCCGUUCUCCCUCGCGCCGGACACCCAGCUCGUCACGCUCUACUACGGCUGCUCGCUCCUCGGGAACGGGAUCCAGGCACCCGCGAGUCUGGGGCGGUUCGAUUGCAGCAGUGGCAGCGGCAAUUCAGGAGAUUACUUCGUGACGAGCGAGGACGUGGCGGGGUCCUACGAGGCAGCGAUCAGGACGUUGCUGGGCAGGUGCGGGACGAGGGUGACGGUUCCGGCGAACCGGACGGCGGUGGCGGGGCUGGAGGCGUCGCCGACGGCGGAGAGGCUGGAGGCGGCGAUUGGGGAAGGGUUUGGGGCGAGGUGGACGGCGAAUGACAAUCUGUGCGCCACGUGUCAGGCGUCGGGCGGGCAGUGCGGGUCCAACGAGGGGUCGUUUACUUGCUUUUGUAUGGAUCGGCCGUAUGAUUCGGAAUGUAGCAGAGGCGCGCCUGGUCCGGCGGCGGCUCAGACUGUCUUCCCCUUCCUCUUCCUCUCCCUCUUCGCCUCCUUCGCCGCCGCAUUGUUACCGCUCGACGGCAGUCUCACCGGCUGCAACGAGUCCUUCUCCUGCGGCACCACCAUCACCAACAUCGAGUUCCCCUUCACCGGCGGCCGGCGCCCUCACUACUGCGGCUUGCCCGGAUUCAACCUAACAUGCCUCGACAAUUCAAUCACCCUCAUCACCAUCAACUCAAUUUCAUACAGAGUCCUCCGCAUCGACGAGUCCCGACCCACCAUGACAAUCUCCCGCUCCGACCUCCACGACACCGCCGGCUGCACCCGGGACGUCCAGAACACCACCCUCGCCGGAUCCAACUUCACCGCCGCCGCCAACACCGAAACCCUAACCCUCUUCUACAAUUGCAAUUACACCUCCUCUGGCUACGGCGACUACAACCCUCCGAACCUCUUCACUUGUAAUCUGGGGGGAGAGAGCGAGGCCGAGUUUUAUCUGGCCGGCGAGGUCGCCGACGAUGUCAGCAGCAUGCUUCGCUCUCGCUGCAACACUUCGUUUACCGUCCCCAUUUCUGAUGCGUAUGCUGGGGUGAUGGCGAAUGGGUCGUUGCUUUCCCCUGCUUUGAGAUCUGGGUUCGAUGUGAAUUAUAACGAUUCGUACUGGGAUGAUUGUUUUCGGUGCUAUGAGGAGAACCAUGGCGCGUGUGGGUUCGAUUCUGAUUCUGGGAACUCGAUUUGUAUCUGUGGCGAUCGGCUGUGUCCAGGAGCAUCGGCAGGAGCUGUGGCUGUUCUUGCAGGGAUCAGCCUGUGUUUCUGGCUGUUUGUCAGACAGAGGAGGAUAAAAAAAGCAGCACAAAUUAUGAGCAAAGAUCUCUCCACGCCUCCAUCUUCUGCGACGAAAGGAAGGACUACUCCCACCACCAAUUACUCCAUGACCACUUCCUCCUACAACACCACCACCACAGGAUCCGGCAGCGUGAGAGGAGGCGGCGGCAGCACCUACUUCGGCGUCCAGGUCUUCAGCUUCGACGAACUCGAGGAAGCCACGGAGAACUUCGACCGCUCCAAGGAGCUCGGCGACGGUGGCUUCGGCACUGUCUAUUACGGGCUGCUGUACGACGGGCGAGCGGUUGCCGUGAAGCGGCUGUACGAGAACAACAUGAGGAGAGCCGAGCAGUUCAUGAACGAGAUCGAGAUCCUCGCGAAGCUCCGCCACAAGAACCUCGUGACGCUCUACGGCUGCACCUCGCGCCACAGCAGGGAGCUCCUCCUGGUCUACGAGUACAUCUCCAACGGCACCGUCGCGGACCACCUCCACGGCAGCCGCCACUCCCCCGACUCCGACCUCUCCGCGUGGCGCGUGAGGAUGAACAUCGCGAUCGAGACGGCCGACGCGCUCGCGUUCCUCCACGCGUCCGACGUCAUCCACCGCGACGUGAAAACCACCAACAUCCUCCUCGACGACGACUUCCACGUCAAGGUGGCGGACUUCGGGCUGUCCAGGCUGUUCCCCACGCACGUGACCCACGUGUCGACGGCCCCGCAGGGGACGCCCGGUUACGUGGACCCGGAGUACUACCAGUGCUACCAGCUCACCGACAAGAGCGACGUGUACAGCUUCGGCGUGGUGCUGAUGGAGCUGGUCACGUCGCUCCAGGCGGUGGACACGUGUCGCCACCGCCACGACAUCAAUCUCGCCAACAUGGCGGUGAGCAGGAUACAGAACCAGCAGCUGGAGGAGAUGGUGGACGCGUGUCUCGGGUUCGACAAGGAUUACGCGGUGAGGAGGAUGGUGACGUCGGUGGCGGCGCUGGCGUUCCGGUGUCUGCAGCAGGAGAGGGAGAUGAGGCCGAGCAUGAACGAGGUUUUGGCGACGUUGAGGAGGAUCGAGAGGGAGAAUGACGGUGGUGGGGACCAGAAGGCGGAGGUGGUGGACAUUGUUGUCGACGAUGAUGUUGGGCUUUUGCAGAAUGUCCCGCCGCCGGUGCUGUCGCCGGACUCCGUCGGGAAUGACAAAUGGCAAAAGGUGAUGAGAACGGUAUGAUCCAGUUUUUUUUUCCCUUCUUCCAGAGGAUCAUAUUGAUAGUAUUAAUUAAUGACUACUUAUGCAAUGAGUAAUCCAGCUUGCCAAUUUUUAUUUUUAUUGUAACAAGGAGUUACCAAGUUUAUCUUUCCCCCACCAACCCCUGGCCUGUUUGUAUAUAGUACUACUGGAACUUAAUUAAUUAGAGUUGGGUAGUGGGAUUUAGAAGCAAGCAGUA